CAUAAGCAUCAAAUCUUGAUUAUUCUAAUCCUGGCUUCCAAUUUUCACGUCAUUGAUUUUAUUCUUAUUCUGACUGAUAUAUUUAAAGACUUGGUAAGCCCAAUAAUCAAAUACACUGUCCUUUAAUUCCAACGGUUCUUUGGGCAUUUUUCUCAAACAGUUGGCAGACACACCUGAAUGCUGCUACGCUAGCAGCUAUGGAGAUUCAGAUAUUUUCAUUAUCAUCAUCGGUGGUUCUUCCUUUUCCUUCCCAAGCCGGGUUAGCGUUUCGCCCAUUAACACCACCACCAAGAGCCACCACUUCCACCACCACCACCACCACCACCACUCCACCACCUCAUAGUCAAAGCUCUAGCUCCGUCCGAGUAAUGAAAAUUCGAAAGGAUUCCAACAAUUCCUUCUCCGCAAGAAAUUCCGCCAAACUUGAAAUUCAGCAAGCUUCUCAUUUGCCCUCUGCUCUUGCAAGGGUAGGAGAAAUUUUGACAGUUAAGGACCUAAAUGCCAUUUUGCACCACUUCGGCAAUGCAAACAUAUCUGAACACGCAUCUCAGCUAUUUUCAUGGAUGCAAGAAAAUGACAAGCUUGAUGCAUCAUCUUACUCUCAUUAUAUGAGGUUCAUGGCAAGUAAAUUCGAUGUGGCUAAGAUGUUGCAGCUGUACAGCAGCAUUCAAGAUUUAUCAAUCAAGAGCAAUGUCUAUGUGUGUAAUUCUGUUCUUAGUUUUCUGGUCAGGAAGGGCAAGCUCGAUACUUCUCUGAAACUGUUCCAGCAGAUGAAAGAAGAUGGUCUAGUUCCUGAUGUUGUUACAUAUAGCACGCUUCUUUCAGGUUGCAUUAAAGUUAAUGACAGAUAUCCUAAAGCACUGGAGCUAAUUCAGGAAUUGCAACACAAUGAACUGCAGAUGGAUGGAGUAAUUUACGGGGCGAUUCUAGCAGUGUGUGCUUCCAAUAGUAAAUUGGAAGAAGCAGAAUACUAUUUUAACAAGAUGAAGAAUGAAGGUCAAGCUCCAAAUGUCUAUCAUUAUAGCUCUUUGCUCAACGCGUAUUCAGCAUGUGGAAACUACAAAAAAGCUGAUAUGUUGGUUAAACAGAUGAAAUCUGAAGGGUUAGUACCAAACAAGGUCAUUUUGACAACCUUACUAAAGGUUUAUGUUAAAGGAGGAUUGUUUGAGAAGUCCAGAGAAUCAUUAGCUGAACUAAAAUCUUUGGGCUAUGCUGAAGAUGAGAUGCCAUACUGUAUAUUGAUGGACGGCCUAGCUAAGGCAGGACAAUUUGAAGAAGCUAAACUAAUUUUUGAUGAAAUGAUUAAAAACAAUGUCAAAUCUGAUGGCUAUGCUCACAGUAUCAUGAUAUCAGCAUAUUGCCGAGCCAAGCUUUUUCGGGAGGCAAAGCAGUUGGCAAAUGAUUUUGAAGCAACCUCGGACAAAUACGACAUAGUUAUAUUGAAUUCAAUGCUCUGUGCUUUCUGCAGAGCUGGUGAAAUGGAAUUAGCUUUUCGAACAAUGGAAGACAUGAUUAGUAAAGGCUAUCAACCAACAGAGGAACUCUGUUCUACUUUAAUAUAUCACCUUGGUCGAAUCAAAGCUUAUGUUGAGGCAUUUUCCGUUUAUAAUAUGUUGAAGUAUAGCAAGAGAACGAUGUGCAAGGCAACUCAUGAGAAGAUUCUGCACAUUCUCCUAGCAGGAAAUCUUUUGAAAGAUGCCUAUGUGGUAGUCAAGGAUAAUGCAACCUACAUUUCUCGCGCUGCCAUCAGAAAAUUUGCAUGUGCAUUCCUGAAGUCUGGUAACAUCAACUUGAUGAAUGAUGUUAUGAAGACCCUCCAAGAUAGUGGCUACAAGAUUGAUCAGGACUUAUUUCAGAUGGCUAUAUCGCGGUAUUUAGGUCAUCCUGAAAAGAAGGACUUGCUUCUACACUUGCUGCAAUGGAUGCCAGGUCAAGGCUACGUGCUUGAUUCAUCAACAAGGAACCUAAUCCUCAAGAAUUCACACUUAUUUGGUCGCCAACUUAUUGCUGAGGUCUUGUCCAAGCAAAAGCUGAUGUCAAAAUCACACUAACCUCAAUAGAAUGGUCCAUGUUACAUUUAUUUAUGAUGAUCUAUGAUGAGAUAUCCAAAGCUAGAUACUAUCAUCCAUCAUACACUGUAACAAUUCAAAUUCUUUUAGGGUUUAGGAUCUAUGUACAAUAACCUAUGAAUGUGUAUAUAAAGUGAUUUAACCAAAUAGUAAUAAUGAUAUCCUUUUAUGAAGGUAUGUAAAA